AAGUGUUAUUUGGCGCUAACAAAUCAAUAAAUAUGAAAUUCUUAAUUGUCUUCGCUUUAUGCGCCGCCACGGCUUCUGCCCUCUUCGAAAUACCUGACCUGGUGGCUCAAGAGGCUGCUGAAAUUCAACAGAUCUUAGACAUCAUCAACGACCCCAACACUGACCCCGCCACCGCCGCUGCUCUCGAACAAUUGCUCGUUGACGUACUCGGAAAUAAGCCCGAACCUAUCGAUGUCGGACCUGCCAUCGUUGACGGUGACUACGAAUCCAUCUCUGUUGGACCUGCCAUCGUCGAUCAAAUCGUGUCCUCCCCCGAGAGCUCUCCUCUCGUCCAAAUCAUCAUUAACAUCAAGCCUGGUUCUGGCAAUCCCGUAGUUGUUGAAGGUCUUCCUGAGGUCGAGCCCACCCCCGUGAUCGUCGAAGAGAAACCCGAGAUUGAGCCCACCCCCGUGAUCGUCGAAGAGAAACCCGAGAUUGAGCCCACCCCCGUGAUCGUCGAGGAGAAGCCUGUGGCUCCCGAACCCGUUAUUGUUGCUCCCGUGAUCAUCCCCGAACCUGUCAUUACUCUCCCUGGCAUCCUCAACAUCAAUAUGAAAUUCUUCGUUGUAUUUGCUCUGUGCGUCGCUGCGGCCACCGCCAACGUCAUCAGCCCCAUCGUGGUCAAUGAUGAAGCAGCUGAAAUCCAACAGAUUAUGGAUGCAAUCAACCACCCCAGCACAGACCCUGCCACCGCCGCUCUUUUAGAACAAAUGUUGAACGAAGUUCUCGGUCUAACUAAGCCCGAACCUAUCGAUGUCGGACCUGCCAUCGUUGAGGGUGACUACGAAUCCAUCUCAGUCGGACCUGCUAUCGUCGAAGAGGUCGUACCCGCUCCCGUGAUUCCUGAAAUCAACAACUCCCCUCUUGUCCAAAUCAUCAUCAAUGUCAAGCCUGGUUCUGGCAAUCCCGUCGUUGUCGAAGGUAUGCCCGAGGUCGCGCCCACUCCCGUGAUCGUUGAAGAGAAGCCCGAGAUCGAGCCCACCCCCGUGAUCGUCGAAGAGAAGCCUGUGGCUCCCGAACCCGUUAUUGUUGCCCCUGUGGUCAUCCCCGAACCCGUCAUUACUCUUCCUGACAUUCUCAACUAAGAUAAUAUGUACUAGGAAACAUCUCCGUGUUAUGCUCCGUGAUAUGAUAAAUUAAAUAUUUUUAAUUUAAGAUUGCUUUAAAAUGACUAAACUUCCAAAUAAAUAUAUUAAACAG